CAAGAACGGCAGUGGCGUUGCACCGGAGACAGGGGGCGCGUGGAGCCGAACGACUGGCAGAGCGCACGCGCCUAGGUGAUCAAGUGACUCACCGGGAGGGAGACAGAGGGACGCACCGGCGCGAGCGUCCGUGUCCUCGGCGGAACGACAACAAAAAUCAUAUUUAAACACGUUUAUCUUUCUCAUUAGACGAUUGUGCAUCGAUUUGUUUGGAAGCAGCUUUGCGCCUCGCUGGUCGUGUAGCUUUGUCCUUCAUGGUGAUUAAUGUUGAUAUGCUGACGGUGUCCAUGCGGAUGAUGCUGCUGAAGGUGAGAAAACGGAUGAGAUCAAACGCCAUCGACGGAACCGUAACGCUAUCUGCAAUAACGACAGCACGUCACGACGCUUUAUUCAGCCCGUUUGUCCUCAAUGAUUCGGUGCAACCAGCUGGACCCGUGACCGUAACGUGUCCCAACGCCUGCAGACUAAAUAUGAUGAACUAAGCGUUAUUUCUCGCGCUCUUUGUUCGGUAACGGCGUGAAUAUCAUCACAGCAAUUGUAAUAAUUCUUACUCGUCACCGUCGGUUAAAAAAAAACAAAACAAAAGAAGAAAAGAGUCGCGUUAAAUCCGAGCCAUGUGUGUGUUGUGAUCAGAGCAACAGCUCGGAGAAUGGAGCCGUUCCUGCAGCUCGCGCCGCACUCGCUGGCCAUCGUGCUGUCGCGGCGCGCGCCUGCGGAUACGCGCGGAGUGACGGAGAGCGCAGAGCCGCCGCGCCACCACACCGGCUACGAGGUGUUCGCCGAGUUCAAGGCGCUCAACACCGAGCACUUCUGGAACAAGAUGGUAGCUGACGCCAUCGCGGAGACAUUUUUUCUCGGCUGGUUGGACGAGCACGUGCUGCUCAUCCAGGGUAAAGAGGAGCACCUGGAGGCGCUGCGCGAGGCCUGGACACGGAGGUCCCUCAAAGCGCCGCGUGGCUUCGACAUCAAAUACCUCGGUGAUGUGUCUCCGAUCAGCAUGUCUCCUAUCAGUCAGUCCCAGUUCAUCCCGCUGGGGGACAUCCUGUGCCUGGCCAUCUCGGCCAUGAACUCUGCACGCAAGACCGUCACACAGGAAACCCUCAUCGAGCAUCUCUCUACAUGCUUCCCAGGAGUCCCAACUCCAAGCCUUGAGGUCCUGCGACAUACCCUCAACAUGCUGGUCCGGGAGCGCAAGAUUUAUCCAACCCCAGAGGGCUAUUUCAUUGUUACCCCACAGACAUACUUCAUAACACCCUCCCUCAUUCACACCAAUAGCAAGUGGUAUCAUCUGGAUGAGAGGAUACCAGGGGGUAUGCAGCCAUGUUCUUCUCCCCCCUCUAGCACUAUGACACCCUCUGCCUCAGGUUGUGUCAGGGAACGAUCACACCAUAAGAACCAUAUUGACCCCUACAGCGAUGGCUAUCGGGAGGAUAUGCCCAAUACGCACAACUCCACGUUGCAGAGAAGGUCUAAGGAGCACAAGGAGCCACAACAUCCAGUGUCUCCUCCUCCUCACCAGUCCUCAGAAAAGAACAAAAGUGCACUCAGCUUUGCUUUCAAGACAGAAGGUAGCAACAACAGGCAAAGGGAUGGGAGUAGCAGCGGAGGUGGCAGUGAGAAGCAAUCAAAGAAGUUUGGCCUGAAGCUUUUCCGGCUGAGCUUCAAGAAGGACAAGUCGAAGCAUCUUUCAACGUUUUCUGCCCAGUUUCCUCCUGAGGAGUGGCCUUUAAGGGAUGAGGAGACCCCUAGCACUGUCCCACGAGAUGUGGAGAUGGAGAUUAUUCGACGUAUCAACCCAGACCUGACGGUUGAGAAUCUGGCCCGGCAUACAGCCGUGAUGAAGAGGCUAGAGGAGGAGAAGGCUCAGAGAAGCAAAGCUAACUCGUCAGCUCAACAGAGCACUCGAAGCAAACGCAGCCGCAGUCAUCGCAAGGCCCAACAGGGCAAAUCCUCACGAUCCCACAGCAAAACACGUGCCUCUAGAGGAGAACGCUCUGAAGGCUCCAAUCUGGAUAUAUCUUAUGACCGGGACUACAGGUUCUACAGCUCCUCUCUGGUGCGUUCUCCAAGAGAGACUAUGAUGUCCAUGGAGAGGAACAGGGGGAAAUACAUGGUGCAUAGCAACCCAAACAUUGUGGAGUCACACUUCACUACAGCACCGGAGUGGGAUGUAUCAGGAGAGCUUGCCAAGAGAAGGACAGAGAUGCCCUUUCCGGAACCAUCCAGGGCACAGUCACAUUCCAAAGUCCAUCGCAGCCACAGCCACACCCAGGAACGGAAAUCUCGGAAUGAAAGGUCAGAUAAGGCUAAAGAGAGGUCACGCUCCAUGGACAAUUCCAAGGGCCCUCUAGGAGGACCAUUCUUGGGCACUGUUGAUGAUUUUGAGUGCAGUCCAGAUGAUCGGAAUCGGUAUUACACGGAUGAUGGGACUUUGAGGGCAUCUGCCAAGAAGAGCCACUACUCUCGUGCUAUGCACUCUGCUGCUAGGUUAAACUCGGACAUUUGUGUGCCUGAUGUUGGGAGGGGAGCCCCUGAGGAUGCCAUGCACUGUAGAACGCUGGAGAAGAGUAAAAGCAAAGACUGUUUAACGGCCUUUACUGAGCUUAAGGCCUGCUCCCUAAAAACACCCGUGGAUGACUAUUUCCAGCAUACAGCAGUGAGUGAGGCAUCCUACUCUGCUCCUUCAUCUCUGGUAAAAUCCAGCCAUGAAUUUACAGAUGGCGUUUGGAAAGGGAUUCCUUCUGAACGUACAGCUCCAAUUCUGACCUCACCUCACCCUGUAGAGUAUAAUGAUGAUUCCACAUUGGGACAGAACAGUAUAGCAUUAUCUGUGUCGAACCAGAUGCCAGAGCCAUUGCCCAAUGGACGCUUGAUGCACCAGCACAACAGUGACUCAGGUGACUUGGACAAAAUGGCAGAGGUUUACAACCAAGAGACUUUGUUCAAACCCGUGGACUAUGUGGAAAGCAGUUUCUCCAGGCCAGGUACGAUGCGCAAAUCUCCUCACUCAAAGUCCAUGGAAGUACUGGAGAACCAGGAACACUUCGAGGAUCCUCUUCCAUUGUCUGUACCACCAUCCUCCGCUCAAGAGCAUCAGGCAUCAUGCAUGGAAACUUCUUUUGACUACUACAACGUAUCAGACGACGACUCCGAGGACACCAGCCAUAAGAACAAAGUGGAGGAGAAAGUUCUGGAAGGUGGUGGGACGAUGAAGUGGCUUCUGGAUCGGGAGAAGGAGCGAGAUCUCCAGCGCAAGUUUGAAAAGAACCUCACCUUUCUCAGUCCCAAAGAAGGCGAGAGCAGCAACAGCCAGAAGUCCGCCCACUCCACACGUCUGGACAGCAUGGACUCCAGCAGUGUGACUGUGGACAGUGGAUUUAAUUCCCCACGGUAAGGCACUCAGGUCCAGUAUUGGGUUUCCUACUCUUGUUUGGAUGCCAGAGUAGUUCUCCUGCUUGAACUGGAGCAGUAUGCUAUUCUGUGAAUAGACAAAGUGUCAGUGUACUUCAGCACAUUUUUUUACUCACCAUGACCUUUAUUUUUUUUUUUAAUAAAAAAAACCUUGACAUAUUUUCUAUAAAAUAUUAGCAUUACUCCAGGAAGUUCACAUUUUUUGCUGUUUCAGUGGUAACAACCUCUGUGAAUGAGAUUAAUACUACUGUGAAAUAAAUUGUCUUCACUAAUGUAGCUGUGGCACAAAUAUUAAAUAGCCACAUAUACGAAGUAGUACAGGUAAGCCACUACCGAUAGGCACAUGGAGGUCAUUGGAGCAGGGGUUUCUGACUGAAGAAAAUCCACCAUACAUGUAUAAUGUUUGCACAAAAGCAAUAAUUCAUCCUUGAAAAAAAACAAUUCUGCACACCAGCAACUUAGCUUGUACUUUUCCAUACUUUUCCAUGGCGCUGUACAAUACAGUACGUUAUACCACAGUGCCAUCGAAUUCUCUAUUAUGAUUGGUCGGAAUGUGUUAAUGAAUUCUCUGUAACAAUCUCUGACAGUAACUCCAGCUACAAGGCAAAUAACAGGUUUAAAUUAAUAUGCUAGUACUUUAUUGUUCUUAUAGUAACAAUUUUAUACAGGGCCUCAUAAUAUGGUGCUCCGCAUUAAAGACGUUUUGGAAGGAGUCUCCCGUGUCAAAAAUGAAACAGCUGAACAGUAAAGCUGUUAAAACUUGGGAAGGUAUAUUCUCUUUUUAACAUCAACAGAAAACCUGAAGCUGUCGAGGGAACGACAUAUAAAACGAUAAAAAGUACGAUGCGUCAUUCUUCGUCAUUUUUUAAUAGUUGCCGUGGUAUUAGAGAACUUAAACACAUUAGCAAGUGCUGUUAUGAAACUAACGUUCCGAGUGGUAAUGGUCAUCACUUUAUCCAUGCGUCCUAUAACGUGAUGCAGAUGCAGCUACACAAUAACGUAUGCACACUUAUACAAGAACACCUUGUAUAAGCAUACAGCUAUUUCUGGAUUUUAAUUAAUAACAGUAUGGUGUCUUACCGAACUGUCCAGUGGAAAAGUACUAUUUGUUGCACUUGGUAGGCCACAUUUCACUCACCUGGUCCAAGUGUGUAUAUAAAUUGUAUUAAGUCACAAUGCUCAUGAUGACGAUGACCGACUGUGCAGCUCUAUCGUCACUAGCAUUUUUUUCUAUUUAGGACACAAGAUAUUAAGUCAAAAGGAUAGCAAUAUAUCCUGAGGUCAUUAAUGCAACGGUUGUCAACAUUUGCUCACAAAAUAACAAUAAACUAUAAACCUACCUAAUUGUUUAGCUCACAGUUGUAAACUAAUUUUAUUUGAUUUGGUUAAAAUGUGACAUGACUUAAAUUUCCUCUGAAUAGGUACUACAUCUUUACCUCUACCAGUUUUGUUUUGGAAGUGUUUACACUUUUUAGCUGAAUAAUUAUUUGUGUUGCAUUUCCUGUCUGUUUACGUUGUAGGUUUUUGUGUUUGUUUUUAAAGUGUGUACCGUUUGUUGUUAUCAGGGUGUACAUUGAAUGUUAUUUGUAUUUCUUUCAGUUUAUUGUGGUUUGGUUGCAUUGUGUGCUCUUACAGGCAGAAACAAUAUAUUACAGUUCAACAAUAAACGCUUGCAAUUUGGCGAUGGACAGACAUACUACUGUACCCGAGUAUUUAUAAUCUCUAAAGUUUCAUGUCCUGAAGCAGGGUUUCUCAAGUUACUGUCCUGCAUAGCUGUGAGUUUUCCCUGCACCACACAAACCUGAAUUCAAGUAAUGUAAAGCUUGAUAUUGAGUCGGAUUGUAUGUUUUUAUGGAUUUGACAACUUUGCACUAAAGUGCAUGAAUUCUAGCACAGUAUUAAUGCCUUGAGCACACAGUGCAACUCUGAAUUAGUCCUGAGUUUGUGUACUCACCCUCCAGUCCCGACAGUACAUCCUUUUUAUUUGCGGCACCGCCUCCCUGAUGUCUGAAAGCUUUCACACUACAGCCUGCAUAUUCCCACAUUACAGUCCAAUAGCUGUGUUUAGACGUGAGAAAGAAAAAAAAAUAAAUAAAAACUUUGGGAUGUAAAGUGUUUGAAACUAAAUUAUAAUAACAUGUCCUAUACAGUAGGCCAGGUCUGAUUUACUUGCAUCUGCUGGGAAGUUAAUAAAUUAAUAAUCUGGAAUUCUCAUCCUGUUGUAUUAAAUUGAAUUUGUGAGAGAAUAGCACAAGAGGUUAGUAACUUAGCACCAUUGCUUUAGCGUGGGAACUCUCUGUACUCACCAAAAAAAUGUACCUUACCUUGUCUCUAAUGUAGUGCUCUUAGAUUUAAUACCCUAAUAUAAGUGUAUAGUGUAACUUUAAAAUAUUGCAAUCACUUUUUUUUGUAUGUAAAGCUUUCAAAUGGCCCUGAAAUCAAAAUCGGAACUUUAGUGUUGUGUGUAUUCUUGCUUUAAUGCCAUCAUUAGCAUCAACUGCGUAUUUAAUGUUGGUUCUUGGAACACGAUAACUAGUCUUGUAGCCUUCCAGUUAAAAUCUCUUUAUCAAAAUGCUUCUCUACAGAAGUAGCUCAUUGGCUUCUACAUCUUGUUAGGAUAAUGAUCUUGUUAAUGUUAAAAGGCUUGGGUGAAGGCAGCAGUGAGAAAUCCCCAUGGGAUUCUAUCUGUUCUGUGUAUUAUUUAGCGAGUUCAAUAAGGCUACUGUCAGGUUUGUUAGAUUCUGUGAGGGGUGUGGUGUUCCUUAAACACACCAAGCGACACACACAAUACACCAGGGGCGGCCAACCCGCAGCUCCCGAGCCGCAUGCGGCUCUUUGCCCGGUUUCAUGCGUCUCUUACGUUCAUACCGAAGUUUAUAUUAGUGUCUUUUUAUUGUGCGUGUUCGCGUCGCUUGAGUUCAAUACAGUAUUUUCGUCAAACACGAAUUUGAGUGGGAUGAAAAUACCUCAAAUUUCCCAGCAGGAGCAAGAUCAUUUGAGUAAACAAUUUGUGUUAAGUUCGCUCUCAAAAUGGCAGGGAAAAAAGGUGAUGUUCAAGUGUGCCCAUGCGUAUGAUGCGGCUCGCUCUUGGUCUCUGACUGGUUGGACACCCCUGCAAUACACCAUCACUCUGAUGGUGUUGACUUCCUGGUUUGAAAGGAAACCCUGCAUCUCAGAAUAGAACAUUUGAACUUUCAAGCCAUUUCUUAGGGAAUUUAAAGAUACGCUAUAUGCACCUUUCUAGGUUGAGAAUUGAUUAUGGUACAAAAGGUGAGAGUAUUACAUCAGCAACAUCGAAUAGUACAGUUGGAGCGCUGGCAAGAAGCUGUAUAGCUUCAGAAAAGUUGGACAUUUCAGACAUUCACGGAAGCAAAAAUGUGCCCUUUGUGUCCUUUUUUUUUUAAUUAUUAUUAAUUAUGUGAAUUGUUUUUAUUGAUUAAACAAAGCUGUGUUUUUCACGUU